AUGACUUUGGGCCUGGCGAUGUCGUUUCCUCGAAUGCGGCGUGAUGCUGCGAUGGAUCCUGAAGAAGAUGAUACUAUGGAGCUAGAAAAAACAAUGCCUCAAGGUAAGGCUAGCAGUUUAUUAAAAGUGGCUGGUUUCAUUGUACUUUCAAAUUGACAUUGUGUUUGCUUCUUUUGCGCUAAACAACUCCCAUUUUUUAAUCUAUUACAUUUCGACUGGUUUUGGGGCGCUUAAGUUCUGCGGCUGGGGUGGAAUAUGUCUGAUUUGUUGCUGUGCCGGGAAGAGAAACUGAGAGAUCACACAUGAUGCUAACUUCGUCUGGCCAAUUGCUAAGGCACAAAACGUUAGCUUUUCAACUUUUGUAAGGCGUCCACGUGUGCAACUUCAAGUUAAUAACCACUUACUUGUUUAACUUUGCUCACCGACGUCGCACAGUAGGCUCUUUUGAAAAUCAGUAGCGAUUUUUUAAAUCCCGCUCUAAGCCUGAAAAAUUUUUUCAAGUCUUAGUUCCAGUAGCGUUAUUGAAGGCUGCAAUUGCAUUUAUUACUGUCUUAUCUAACUUCUUUCUUUGUUUGACAGAAACAGAACUGAACGACCCAAGCCCACAGUUUAAUUUUGGCGGCAACUCUGGCACAAUUGGCCAACAGGGGCAAAACUAUGGGACGGCUAUCGGCCAGCAACACAAUAACCGGUAUGGGCGACGUCAGUUUAAUUUUGGAGGCAACUCUGGCACAAUUGGCCAACAGGGGCAAAACUAUGGGACGGCUAUCGGCCAGCAACACAAUAACCGGUAUGGGCGACGUCAGUUUAAUUUUGGAGGCAACUCUGGCACAAUUGGCCAACAGGGGCAAAACUAUGGGACGGCUAUCGGCCAGCAACACAAUAACCGGUAU